AGUGCUGCCUACCGGUGCCGGGGACUGGUGGUGAGGAGCCGCUGCAGCGCAUCAGGACCGGACCGUGAACCCGGAGACGGUACACACUGAGCCGAAAGGAGACACAGGAUGGAGCGGAUGUCCGAGGAGGCGCUGAGGCUCAACCUGCUAAAGAGAGGCCUGGAGUCACCCAGCGAGAGAGAAGAGACGUUGGCCAAGCGGUUAAAAAUGGAGGGCCACGAGGCCAUGGAGCGCCUCAAAAUGCUGGCGCUGCUCAAACGUAAGGACCUUGCUGACCUGGCGGCCCUCGAGGUUGCAGGGAACCUGGGAGACGGGAAGGGCCCCAGCGCCAGCACCCUCCACCACCAGAGCCUAAUGGGCGCCGCCUAUGAGGAGAAGCUGAACGGGAGCUUGAGGCUCGGCGGCCACAGCAGCCACGUGGGACCAAGCAAGAACGGGAAGGAGAACAUCCUGGACGAGCCGGUGGACAUGAGCGCUGGGAGAAGAUGCGAUGCUGAACAUGACAGAAGAACUCCAUCUCCAGAUGUCAUCAUCCUGUCAGACAACGAGGCGUCCAGUCCCAGAACAACGCCCCGGCCCGAGGAGCGGGUGCACCAGGCCAACCUGGACAUGUUCAAGGGGAAGACGGGAGUGGAGCGGCAGCAGAUGAUCAAAGCUCUGAAAGAAGAGCUGCGUCUGGAGGAGGCUCGCCUUGUGCUGCUCAAGAAGCUCCGGCAGAGUCAGAUGCAGAAGGAGAACGUGGUGCAGAAGGUUCCGGUGGUCCAGAACGCCGUGUCCUCUGCGCAGCCUCCACCCAUCCACAGCUCUCCGGGCCUGGGGAAGCUGCCCGUGAGGCCGGGCCUACACAACCCCGAGCCCCAGAACCUCCGCACUGCACAGGGUCACACAGUCAUCCGUUCAGCAGCCAAUGCAAACCUGCCACCCAUGCUGAUGUCCCAGCGAGUUAUCGCCCCCAACCCUGCCCAGCUGCAGGGCCAGAGAGUCUCCUCCAAACCUGGGAUGUCUCGCUCCAGCAGCUUGGCCAACGCUGUUGGCUACCAGCAGGCCAGCCAGCAGGUGGCAGCGUCCCAGCGCUCAGGCUCCAGUGCCAUGUACAUGAACCUGGCCCACAUGCAGGCGGCGGCGGCAGCAGGCGGGGUGGCCGGCAGCCUAGGUGGAACUUCGGCCGUCAGCCCGUCCACCAUGUCUGGCUCGGCCAGCGGAGGGGUGGGCUCCAUGGCCGACCAGGCCAGCAGCCAGGCAGCAGCCAAGCUGGCCCUGAGGAAGCAGCUAGAAAAAACCUUGCUGGAAAUCCCUCCCCCCAAACCUCCGGCUCCACUCCUCCACUUCCUGCCCUCCGCCGCCAACAGCGAGUUCAUCUACAUGGUGGGCCUGGAGGAGGUGGUGCAGAGCGUGCUGGACAGUCAGGGUAAACUCAGAGGGACGCUGGCCCGCAUGGAGCCGUUCUUCUGCGCCCAAUGCCGAACCGACUUCACUCCCCACUGGAAGCAGGAGAAAAGUGGGCGAAUCCUGUGUGAGCAGUGCAUGACAUCCAAUCAGAAGAAGGCUCUGAAGGCAGAGCACACCAACAGGCUGAAGAACGCCUUCGUAAAGGCCCUGCAGCAGGAGCAGGAGAUCGAGCAGAGGCUGCAGCAGCAGGCCGCCCUCUCCCCCAGCUCGGCCUCCACCGGCCCCAACGCCUCCAAGACCGACAACAUGAUCCGACAUCAUGCCCUCCGCCAGGCUCCCCAGCCCCAGGCCUCCUUGCAGCGAGGUCUGUCCAACUCUGCACGAGGCGUCCUCUCCAACUUCGCCCAGGCCUCCCAGCUAUCAGUGGCCAGCAGCCUCAUGGGAAUGACUAGUGCCAAGCACUGUGGCAGCGGUGGAGGCAGCAGCAGCAGUAGCAGCAACAGACUGCAGCAUGACAGCCGUCGUCAGAUCUACAACAUCCCAGGGUUAAAUAUUGCCUAUCUGAACCCAGCAGCAGUUGGAGCCCACAAGAGCUCCAGCUUAGCAGACCGGCAGAGAGAGUACCUGUUGGACAUGAUCCCACCUCGAUCCAUAUCGCAGUCCAUCACUGGACAGAAAUGAAUCCUGCCCACCCCUCAAGGCCCUCUGAAGCCUCCCCCCAUCUGCCUACCUACCCCAUACUGAAGCACUCCCAGAUCAACCAGUACCCCCACCCCACCCACCCCCAUCGCAUGCAGUGCCUGUCCGUGUGCCUACCUUAAACCAACCCAUGAAACCCACCAAGUUGGACAAAGACACUUAUCUGUCAGUGCAUCUCAGAUGUUUCUUAUUAUAGUAAAGCCUUCUUUGUCAGCGUUGUUUAACGAUUAUAAUUCCCUUUAUUAUUGCUGGUGGUAGCACUAUUAUACAUGCAACUACCAUUUUUGCUUCAGUUACUAUUACUCAUUAUGCUUUUUUCUGUUGUAGGUGUUUGGUUCCUUUGUUCAGAUUCUCUGCUGCCUAUCCUGUAAUGUGGGUAGUGACAGUAAAUCAUUGUAGGGUCACUUUAGGCCACAAUCAUAUAGGAUUUUUUUCUCCACUUAACUCUAAAGCUUAGAUGUGACUAUUGAUAGUAACGAGAUCAACAGGGUGCAUUCUGGUUGCUAUGCAACAUAAAACCUAACGACUUCGAAGCUUUGUAAAAAGUGUUAGCUCACUAAAUUGGAAGGAACAAAGUGGAAAUAUUGAACAAAAACAGACAAUGCUAAGCUCUGCUCGCUCUUGAAAAGAGGAUAAAGAGCCCAUUCUAAAAAUGGAAGUGUAACAGGAGGUGUGUAUGAGAGCAGAGCACCAGCGGUGGUACCAUCUCGUCCUAAGGACCUGUUUCAAGAGUUCUUUUCACACUGAGCUGCAGGUAGAAUCUGGACGUAUCCAGCCUGGAGUUCAGGGCAGCACCCUGCCACCAGCAGAGCUACACGACUGGAACCAACUGACCAAAGGUGCAGAUAUGUACACAAGAGAAUCCUAUGUGAUCAAAGCUUGGAAAACCUUUUCUUUUGCUCGCCACCAUUCCUCAUAAAAAGGUUCUCAUCAGUGUCUUCA